AUGGCAUCAAUCUCGUCUUCUCAUCGUCUGCACUCCAUCUCAGCCUCACAAGCCCUGACCACCUCCACCACCUCCCAAUCACUCACGAUCUCCACCGGCUCCUGCACCCUUGACAGCCACCUCUCCUCAGCCGGACUUCCGCCCAGCAAGGUCCAUGAGCUUUGUGGCCCUCCUGGCGCUGGCAAAACCGCAAUGGCAUGGCCGCAAAUACCCUCCUAUCAGGACACCGCGUAA